UUCGUGACAGCAAAAGAAGAUUGGGUUCAUAGUGUGACUAUGCCUGAUCUUUACCGAGGACCAUACCAGAGUGACGAUCCCUUAGCUGUUGAAAAAUACGUUGCUGAUGCCAAAGAUGUAAUUAACAAAGCCCGAGACGGUGGAAGAAAGCUUGCAUGCUUCAUUGCGGAGCCCAUGUUAACAGUACCUGGUUGCAUUGACCCUCCAGCACCUGGCUUCAAGAGCUCUACAAGAUGGUGCGAGCGUUUGGUGGACUUUGCAUAGCUGAUGAAGUACAGACAAGCCUUGGGCGUAUUGGUUCACAUUACUGGUCAUUCCAAGCCCAAGAUGUCAAACCGGAUAUAGUCAUCAUUGGAAAGUCACUCGGUAAAUGUUAAAUUGUUAUUAUUAUUUAGUUAUUACUCUUGUUAGUUAUUGUUAUUUAGUCUUAUUCUUAGUUGUCUUAUUGGGGGAGUGUUGUCAUACAGUGCCUGGGGUAAUUCGACUUAAUCCAAAGGGAAUCAUAUCCCUAACUAAGCCUAGUUAAAACUCUACUCCAUACACUAUAACAAAUACUAGUAGUUGGUCUAGCUUGCAGGUCUUGGAAUUGUACGUUGAAUUCACAAGCAAGAUCUUAGUUGUACAUUCUUCAGAUCUGCCAUUUUGCUUGCCAUGAAUGAGGCUCUUAUUGUGUGGUAGUAUUUCAGCCUGCUGAGGACAAUCACUUGAAGGAUAAUCAUUGGCUUGGCAUGCCUUAUUUUGAAGGUUCUUAUUAUCCAUAUUAUCAUUUUCCUUGCAGUUGUGGUAAUGACAGUGUUGUGAUUAUUGUAGGUGAAAUCCUCUGACAUUAUCACUCUUAAGCCCUUCACAUUGGUUUUUCACUCAGUUGUGUGGUUAGAAUUUAUUUUGUACUCCAUUCUGGCUUUUAUUUCACAGUUUACCAUAAUGGAGUAACUGAAAUACGUCCUCAUUAAUCAUUUUCAAAUUAAUAUGGCUUAUUUCCAUUGGGGUACUUUGUUCCUCUUCCCUAGGAUGCUACCCACAACAGUCUGCUAAUCCCCAGUUACCUACUUACUGCUAGGUGAAGAGGGGGCAACAGGUGUAAGGAAACACAGCCACUGCUUCCGCUCAUUGCAAGAUCAACCCCGGGUACUUAAGAUGAGAUUGAAUCAAAUCAAAUAGUUUAUUCUCUAUAAAGAUUAAAGUGUGGGGUUUACAUAUUAUAGAAUAGUGUGGUUUACAUAUAAAAUGCUCCCCUCAAGGAAGGUUCCUUGAUGUUGGUGAAGGGCUCUUGAUUUAGGGAAUUGAAUCUGUGCUCCAGUUCCCCGAAUUAAGCCUGAAUGCCUUCCACAUCCCCCCCAAGGCGCUGUAUAAUCCUACGGGUUUAGCGCUUCCCCUUGAUUAUAAUAUAAAAUGCUAAUUACAGAGAGG